CGGGCGCUCACUUUUCACGCCUAUAAACUUAAUUCUUCUCCCUAUAAAACCCUAAAACCAGAUCACCUGAAGGAAUGUGAGCGUUUCCUAUCUUUUUACCUCUUCUAUAAUCGUCCUGCUAAUCCGCUCGAAGUCACAGAGAUGAGACCUCCAAGAGGCCGAGGUGGGGGUGGAUUCAGGGGAAGAAGUGAUGGAGGACGGGGAAGAGGAAGAGGAGGUGGGGGAAGAGGUGGAGACGGCGGUGGGAGAGGCCGCGGUGGUGGCCGUGGCGGUGGAAGGGGCCGUGGUGGCCGCGGUGGUGGAAUGAAAGGGGGGAAUAGGGUCGUCGUCGAACCCCAUAGACACGAAGGGGUGUUCAUUGCUAAGGGCAAAGAAGAUGCUCUCGUCACUAAAAACAUGGUUCCCGGGGAGGCUGUCUACAAUGAGAAGAGGAUUUCCGUGCAGAACGAAGAUGGAACAAAAGUUGAAUAUAGGAUUUGGAACCCCUUCCGCUCGAAGCUGGCAGCUGCGAUUCUUGGUGGUGUUGAUAAUAUCUGGAUUGUUCCUGGAGCUCGUGUUCUCUACCUUGGAGCUGCUUCAGGGACAACAGUUUCUCAUGUGUCUGAUAUCGUUGGACCUACUGGGGUGGUCUAUGCUGUGGAAUUUUCUCAUAGAAGUGGGAGGGACUUGGUUAACAUGGCUAAGAAGCGCACAAACAUUAUACCCAUCAUUGAAGAUGCAAGACAUCCUGCAAAGUACCGUAUGUUGUUAAGCAUGGUGGAUGUGAUAUUCUCUGAUGUUGCCCAACCUGAUCAGGCAAGGAUUUUAUCUCUGAAUGCUUCAUAUUUCCUGAAAAAUGAAGGGCAUUUUAUUAUAUCAAUUAAGGCAAACUGCAUUGAUUCUACUGUUCCUGCUGAAGCAGUGUUUGCUCAAGAAGUGAAGAAACUGCAGGAGAAUCAGUUCAAACCAUCCGAGCAGGUUACACUUGAGCCAUUUGAGCGAGAUCAUGCUUGUGUGGUUGGUGGAUACCGAAUGCCUAAGAAACAGAAAGUUGGGUCGUAGAAUUCAGCGCCUGUUGACCAAUUGUAAUUUUGGUGGAGAAUACUUUUCUUCUCCAUAGAUUUGUUUGAUGGAACUGGUAUUGUAUUAUAUCUAGGGAAGGGAUAUUUUGUUAGUUUGAAUCAGCGGAAGUUAAAACUGGAAUAUGCCAGAGAGACAUAAUUGAAGCAGCAAUGACGUUUUACGUCACGAAGAUUUGAUGCUGUUAGUGUGAAACAACAGUAGUUAUGUUGCCAUGGCAUUUCAUCU